AUGCAAGACCCCACUUCGGUCGUGCUCCUCAAGCCGCUCAUGACGAGCCCAGAUGUUCCACAUUUUACUCUUCGGGCAAUUGCUCUUGGUAUCUACGCUGUGCGAGUUGCACUCAGUUCCGAGGCUGAAAGCGCUUUACCGGACUGGAUCCCAGUAAACAGUCGUCCUUGCGCCGUGCGGUUGUCUGGCCAAAUGAGGGUCAAUAUGGAUCGAUGCGGGAAACGACUUUUGUUUGUCGCAUCAGCAAACGCCCCAACAGAUAGCAGUUCUGAGACUGAGAAGGACGAGUUUUAUCAAGAUCUGCCACGACUGAUCCGCCGAACCAUUGUACAUCGGACGGAAGAAAUACGAAACACGUUAAAUCCAAACUGGAAACAAAUGGUGCUCCCAACACGAGUUUUGGUCAACGGGGAUCACGACCGAGAGGCACUGAUUGGGGAAGUGAGCACAACAGUCAACGAACUUCUCCGCAUAUAUCACAGUGAAUUACGAAUUCUCAACCUGGUUCAUCCGAAAAAGGCGAGACGACAGAAACACUACACCAAUUCCGGAGUGUUGCACUUGAAUCUGGUUAAAAUAGAGAAGGUAUACAGCUUUCUGGACUAUGUACAAGGAGGGACGGAGUUGAGUUGCUGCAUAGCCAUCGAUUUCACGGCCAGUAACGGAAGUCCUCAAGUUCCCGAUACGCUUCACUACAGUACAAUUAAUCAUCCCUCUCAAUAUGCAAUGGCUUUACAAGCAGUGGGCGAAGUCAUUAGUGAUUAUGACAGCGACAAUUUGUUUCCGGCAUUCGGAUUUGGUGCUUGCGUUCCCCCGGACAACGUAGUUUCGCACUGCUUCCCUCUCAACGGUCACAUUGAUAACCCAUACUGUGAAGGGAUUCAGGGCGCCAUGGCAGCGUAUGCUCACUCCCUGAGAACCGUGAAGUUUCAUGGCCCAACAAACUUUGCACCAAUCAUCAACACGGUCGCCAGCAUCGCUCGCCAGGCUGAACCGGGAACACAAUACUCCAUUCUGCUCAUUUUGACAGACGGAAUUAUUUCAGAUUUGCCGCAAACCAGAGCAGCAAUCGUGAACGCCUCUUCACUCCCUCUUAGCAUUAUCAUCGUUGGUGUAGGCCCUGCCAACUUUGAUGAAAUGGAAGAGCUAGAUGGCGAUGAAAUUCGGUUAACUUCACGAGGUCGAGCUGCAGUCCGGGACAUUGUUCAGUUCGUACCCUUCCGUGACUUUCACGAUGCAUAUUCCGUCAAAGAAAGCAAACGCCGUCUAUCCAAGGCCGUUUUGGCCGAAAUACCCGACCAACUCGUUUCCUAUAUGCGUAUGCAAGGUAUCAAACCGCUUCACAGUCCCAACUUGGGAUUCAAAGGUAGCGGAUUCAAUGGAGACUGUCAGGAGGAUACGAAUCAGACGGGUACAUAUAGUUCACCCAAGACGGUUGUCCCUAGUGCCCCACCGGAAUACUGAACUUGACUCUACCGGCUAUGCCGUUCAAGUGAUUGAAAAAAUAACUUUCUUCAACUAUUUUUUGUACUGGUGCAUACUUUUACAGGCUUCCGGGAUCAUUUCACAAAUAGUGAUUUGCACAGAAAAAGGAAGCUUACUGUUUCUAGUCCGUACAUUGACCUAUGAAUGAAUGAAUGAAUUUAUGAAUGUGGUAUCUUGAUCAGUAUCAUCAAUCCCCGUGACUUAUGUGGUCGAGGAUUAUUGGACUCAUACAAAAGUGACCCUACUCUGUACUAUUUUAUCGUGGUAUGCACUUUUCAUUCCUUGUUGCUUCUCUAUUCAGUUGACCAAUAAUUUACGUUGUAUGUGAUGAGGAUCAGGCGUACUUCCUUACUACGCGCCCUCCCCACAUCUACCAGGUCUUGUUGAUUCUAUUUCCACAUUGUCAUGAUGUGAUGUAUAUUCCUUGUAAAUCUCCUCCAAGAGCCUGCAUUUUGUUGUGAAUGAGGAACUUUGAGCCAGUUUUGGUGAUAUCAAGUUCGCACUUUAUAUCAGUGUUGAUGCGGUUUUAUCAACGAGAGAUUCUCUGGCAAACUCACUGUGGGUACCAGGAAGAAUUUUAUAGCUGUGUUUUCCAGUUGUAUCAGCA